UGAUGGUUGGAGAAUUUAUGGUGGUUUGGUGGUUUGUAGUGUGAGAGUAGAUUGGAAUUCAGAGAGGCAAGAGGAGGAUUUUGUUGUUAGUUGAGGGAAGGUGUUUUGGGAGGCAUAGGAGGGCUAGGAAGGGGCAGGGUUGGUGGGUGGACUUGUUGUUGGCUAGCGAAGGGGGGCUUUAAGUUAGCGUGAGUUGAGGGUGUGAUACCAAUCAGCAGAAUGUCUCGACUCAGACGGAAAGUUUUACCAAUGAGUAAGACUUCCAGGAAGGACAGCUGUCUGGAAUGGAUUAGGAAUAUUCAAAAAAGAAAAUCUUCCAUAAUCACCACCUGGGUUACUCCAGCACCCUUGGUGCUGGAGGAGGAAUUCAACCAGGAAAUACGGAACAGAGAGCUGUGCUUCCAGCUCAUUCUCAGUGAGCUCCAAGGAUUCCGAGCCCAAGGCAAUCUAGUGGCCUUUGCGAGGAAUCUGACAUUGGUCCAGCUGAGGGAACUCAUCCAGAGAGUCCUGGCUGACUUGAAGAGCUCCAGCUUGGCCAGGGUGAAAAAUGCAGUCCGGCUUCUGGCCGUCCUGCUGCAGGUGCCCAGAGCCAUAGACAAUCAGGUGGCUGACUUUGUGAGGAGCGUGUAUGAACAAUUUAACUCCUCCAGCACCCUGGCUGGGAAGGCCCUCCUCCAGGAAGCCCUGGUCCUGCUCGCCUGUCACCACACUCAGGAUGCAGUGCAGGUCUUCCUCGGUUAUUCGCUACCCCUGGAUGGGCAGGUCCUUGACAUAUGGAAAGCCAUGGGAGCGGAUCCUACCAUCGCCUACCGUGUGCUGCAGGAGCUCCUCUGUAAUAUGCUGGAACGACCAGUGCCAGGGAACAGAGGCUCCACCGACAACCGGAGGUCCAUCGCGGCUGUGAACACACUGUAUGAGCUGCUCUUCUCGUGGGAGUAUUCGGGGGCCAUUGUCCAACUCUUCCCCCAGCUCUUCCUGGCCUUCGUCAUCCAGAUCCAGUAUGUCCUGGAACUGGGCCUGGCAGGGGAGUGGGAGCCGGAGGGUGUGGAGCCCACCGUGCCCUCCACCCUCAGCCCCUGGAGGACGGCCCUAGAGGCCCUGAAGGGGCUUCUGUCCAGCAUGGGAUGUUGGCGGAGCUUCACGUCCAUGGAGCUGCAGGAUGGCUGGCAAUUCUUCUCAUGCCUGGAAAUCUUCCAGGAGGGCGUGGCCCUGUUGGCCAGGACCCUGGUCCAGAGCAGGUGUCUGAUGGUGGCUGAUCUCCUGCGUACUGUGUCCCGUUCCCUGCUGGGGAAGGGCCCGCAGGGCCGGAGUGUGGCCAUGGGGCUGCUGGCCGAGGACGGCCUGGGAGACCCCGACCCCGUGGUACAGGUCAUCAGCCUGCAGACUCUCACCAGUCUGCCCCUCAACCCUGACAAGAAGCCACUUUUUCUGGGUCAGCUCCCGUCCAUCCUGAAGGGCUUCUAUCGGGAGGAUGAGGUGGGGAUCCUAGCGGCCAUGAACACGGCGAUCCUCACCACCCAGAGUCUGGGCUCUCAGGGACUCAGCCACCUCAGUGAGGACAUUGUGCUCAUGCUGGGCCCGUUCUUUGACGACGAGAGACCCCGAGUGCGGGCCGCAGCCCUAGAGCUGCUAGGAGCCGUGGCCGACGGCUGGGUGUGGGAGGAGGAAGCCAGCUUGCAACAGGAGCUGAUCCGCUGCCUCCUCCCGGUCCUCGUCCACACCAAGGAUGAGGACCCUGCCGUCCAGAAAAAAGCCAGAUACUCAUUCUUCCGGCUUGCCCAGAGCUUGGAGUGGAAAUACAUGCACCUCGUGGGGUGGAAACUGAUUGGAAAGGAGAAAGAACGUACGACAUAUACCCCCAUCUGGUGGGCCAUGAUGGAGAGCUUUGAAAGGUGUUGCCCGAUUUUCCUCUCCCAGGCUCUGGGCUAUAUCAACAGCCCUCAGCCGGAGGUGCGAUGGGCGGCUGUGUUGUUCCUUGGAUACACCAUCGCUAUAAACCUGGGCAAGCCAUGGCUCUCCAAAGAGGAGCUGGACUUUCUCACCCAGAAAUUUGAAACUUUACAGAACGACCCUCUGGCCAAGAUCCGUAGAUUCGUCAGGUCCUGCCACUUCAACAGAAAGAAUAACGAGGAACAGGGCCAGCCCUGAGGGCUCCCAACCUGAGGGAGGGGUUGAAGCUGAUGAGGAUGAAGCAGCAUCAGGAAGGUCCUCAGUGUCCCAGGCCCGGAACAGCAGGAGCUGCUGGAAGCCGUGCCAUCAGGCCGGGGGCCUGGAAGAGCAGAGAGGAUGCGCUGACCCCGAGCAGCCGGGUGCCGGGACCGGCAAGGAGGCUCAGGAGGCCUGCCUCCUCUCCGACAGCCCCCAUUCCCUGGACUAGUUGCCCCCGGGAACAAAGAACGGGCUAUGAGUGAACUCUAAUCCUAGGGCUCUGGGACAGUGGCCA